AUGGACGUGCAGGUGGGGGAGAUCUUCAAGGUGCCGUCCAGCUGCCCCGUGGUCAUCGUGGACGGUUACGUGGACCCCUCGGGGGGGGACCGCUUCUGCCUGGGCCAGCUCUCCAACGGCGUGCAGCUGGAGUGCCGGGGCGAGGGCGACGUGUGGAUGCGGUGCCUGAGCGACCACGCCGUCUUUGUGCAGAGCUACUACCUGGACCGGGAGGCCGGGAGAGCCCCCGGGGACGCCGUGCACAAGAUCUACCCCGGCGCCUACAUCAAGGGUUCUUGGAGGGGGGGAUUAGGGGUGGGUUUGGGGCUGGGGUUGAGGGUUUUGUCCUGGCCGCCAAGAUGUCCCCUCCGCAGGGAGAGCCAGGUGGAGCUGCGGGAGCACAUCGACAGCCUGGCCACAGAGCUGUGCCGCAUCAAUGAAGACCAGAAAGUGGCGCUGGACCUUGACCCCUACGUGAAGAAGCUGCUGAAUGCCCGGCGGAGGGUGGUGCUGGUCAACAACAUCCUGCAGAACGCCCAGGAACGGCUGCGGAGGCUGAACCACAGCGUGGCCAAGGAGACGGUGAGGAGGAAGGCCAUGCUGGAGGCGGCGGGUGGCUACCCCCAGGGCCUGCCCGGCAAGUGAGGCCACCGCAGCAGCGCUGGGCCGGAUCCGCCUUGCACCAUGGCUGCGCUGACAGCCCUGCGAGCUGGGCCGGAGCAGGAGCAGCCCUGGAUGGUGACGGGUGCGACUCUGUAAGGACAGCGAACGAAACAGGCCGCUGGAAAGGGGAGCGGGUAUCCCUGUUUGUAGCAGCGCUCUCCCGAGCGUCCGUGGCACAGAAGGGGGGGGUGAGAAGUCCUGCACAGUGAGGCCGCAGCUCUUCAGCUGCAGCUGAAGGAACCGGGGGACCCUGAAUUGUAUUUCCAGAUUUGUAGGCACCAUAAUAAAAGUGACCGUGUGUUGCUUAUGGGCUGGUGAGGCAGCGCGAGUUUGUCAACGCUCCCACGUCACAGCCGUUGAUGUGCUUUGGGGAAAGCAGAACCAGGCAGGGAGAGCAGGGUGGGGUU